AUGAAUUACGGAUUUAUACAGAGAUUCUCCGGUUUAAGACACGCUAGACGGUUAAGUUCUUCACAAAUUGGGGAUUUAACACCAGGGUACUGCACAUACGCCUAUAAAUUACCCGCAAGGUCCUUUGUUCGUAGAUUCUCUGGACUUGACGAUAGAUAUACGCAUUUUCUGAGUCUGUCAUCCGGAAACGAUAAAAACAUGGAGUCUUAUUCAGCGUGCAGUGAUGAAAGCACCGAAGCUUCAAGCAGAUUCUCCUUGGACAUUCAUGGCAAGGAAUCACAUCCCACCGGUCAAAAGGCAACCAUCACCAUUACAGAGUCAGAGAAACGUCUAUUCGACCUAUUGCUUGGAUGUGUAGAGGUAUAUUCCCUAAAUAUGGAUUUACGUGUGGUUGGGGGAUGGGUUAGGGACAAGCUCUUGAAUUUGGGGAGCAAGGACAUUGAUAUCGCAUUGCCUACGAUGACAGGUGUUGAGUUUUGUGAGCAUUUGAACAGAUAUACAAGCGAAAAGUUUGGAUUCCAGAGGACCAUUGGAGUGGUAAAGAGAUGCCCAGAACAAUCAAAACACUUGGAAACCGCUACUAUGAACAUUUUGGGUUUUGACGUAGAUUUUGUAAAUCUGAGGUCCGAAGACUAUGCAAACAAUAGCAGAAUCCCCGUAAUGAGGAUUGGGACUCCAUUCGAAGAUGCCCAAAGGAGAGAUUUUACCGUCAACGCCAUAUUUUACAACAUUACAAGGGGCAUAAUUGAGGACUUUACCGGAUUUGGUAUUGAGGAUCUUCAUGACAAGGUAAUUCGGACAUGUUCACCAGCUUUCGAAACUUUUAUGGACGAUCCUCUAAGGGUGAUUCGAGCAAUAAGGUUCACUUGCAGAUUGAAAUUUGAUCUGCACAAGGAUAUUUUAGACUCUAUAUCAAACAAGGAUGUUUUGAAGGCACUAAACGACAAGGUUUCAAGACCGAGAAUAUCGCAGGAGAUUGACGGUAUAUUGUCAAAGGGAGACAUAGUGCCAGGAUUUAAACUUUUAAAGGACUUUAAAGUUCUUAACCUCUUGCUAGGAGUUCCAGAUGAUGGGACGGUUGACAAACAGUCAAGGUUGUCAGAUAAUGUGCUCGUAGAAGGAUGCAGACUUAUGGAAUCUCUAAAGACGCUGAUUAGAGAUGAUUUUAUUGAUGAAAAAUAUAUAUACUUGGCAGCAUUAGUUGCUCCAACAAUAGAUAUGCCAAAUAUUGGAAAAAUGACAGUAGCUGAGUAUCUCAUCAAGGAACGAUUUAAACUUCCAAACAAGUAUGCGUCAAGUGCCGAGGCAAUUGCCCAGGGCUCCGUCUUGUUCGAGAAUCUUGUGGACGCACUUCCUACCGAUGAGCUGGACUUGAGACAAGCGCUGGGACUCGCCAUUCGGAAAGCGGGACUAUUGUGGAAGGAAUCACUUUUGCUCCACUUUGCAAAGCGUCCUGAACCAGAUGCGGAUGCAGUAUACGAAAAAUUUUCAAGUAUAAUUUCACUCGCAGAAAAACUUGGGGUUAAUGAUACAUAUAAUAUAAAGGCAAUGAUAACUGGUCAAGAGCUAUUGAAUAUUUUACCAAGACUAAAGGGCGGUCCUACAUUCAAGGAGGUUUUAGAAUCGCAAGUAGCUUUGAUGAUUCGUGACGUAAACAUCACCAAGGAUAAUUUGGAGCUACAUUUGAGGGAAACAUUUAGAGAAUUUUUAUAG